AUGGUCUCUCUCUCUCCUCCAGGCACGGCUGUGUGUUACUUCAGCCUGGAGUAUCAGGGGACGUACGCCACCCAGAGCAUCAUCAGUGGCGGCUCAGAUGUCAGAUACCUGGAGGUGGUCAUUCAGGCCGACUCCAUCCCCAUCUGGGGCACCUGCCACCGUAGGCUUGGCAACAAUGUCAUUCUCUACGACACCACGGGAGGGACAGAUUGCGUAAGAUGCUUCCACCUGGAGUUCCGAUCGCGACACAUCCUGGAGGUCCACAACGAGGGCCUUCGCAAAUGCUACACGAACGAAGAGGCCGCCUUGCAGACCUGCCCUACCGUCGAUGACAUCCGCAACAGACAGACGCGAGAGAUUAUGCUCUACAAGACGGGGACGACGGAGGGUCAGGCACUUGAGCCGGUGUACUGCCCCCUAGACGGCAGGUUCCAUCUCACCUACAACAUUAACGACGGUCGAGAGAGUGCCACGGAGUGCCCCGAGCCCUCCUCCACCCUCGCCAACUGCCCCACCGGCAACUCCUUCACCAUGGACUUCCACAAAUGCAAAUUUGGUGAUUUCUCUAAGACCUACGAGUGCCUCGGUGACUGGGAAGGCACUGAUGGUCAGAGGUACUUGGCACUACACGACCCGACGGCCCUCUCGGCCGCGGCAGCUGGCACUGACCCUCCGCCUCCUCGCUUCCGGUGUGCCAUGUACAAGAAGGAGGAGGACGGGACCGGUCGGGUGUACUUGUCGUUGUCCUUCGACUCCACAUGCAUCAACAAGCUCCACUCCGCCUGGGAGGGCUACGAGACCCUGGUCCUCACGCCCACGCAGCCCAAGGCGCCCGUGUCAGAGGUUGCCUCUGCGGGCUGCACGUUUCCUCAGUGGGUGCAGGGGCAGUGGGAGAACCUGCGGGUGGAGGGCAACCAGGCCACCUACACCGACCUCCACACCUACAAGACCUUCCGUGUGUACUGCCUCGACCAGGAGAUGGCGGGGCUCGUGCCUGUCUACACCCAGACACAGUGCGGAGACGAAGCCUUCACCUGCCUGGUCAUGCAAGAGAGGAGCUCAAACGUCAUGGAGUUCCAGAUCAGUCCGGACGUGGAUGCCAGAUACAAGGAGGGACUCUGUUCUUCCCCAGCUUCACUCACCUGGGACUCAUGGGUCACCCAAGGACGGGUGGACAGGUUCCGUCAGUCGCCGUGCCCCGUGGCGGGAGAAUACACGGGCGUCAUCCCGGACGCCCCCUUGCUGUGCGCCAAACUCUACUCCGACUGUAACAACCCAGAGAUCAUGUUCUACACCGUCUACUCCUGCAGCAACCGCUCCGAGGUCAUGGAAGAGCGAGAGUACCGGUGCCUGGGCCAGUGGAGCGAGACAGGCGUGACCUACACUUACACCGAGCGACGGGAUCAGGCUAACUACGAGUGCUUCGCCGGCGUGGUGGUCGACGACGGGGAGAUCUACAUCAUGGAGGCCGGCGUCAACUGUCAGCGAGGGCUGGAGGUGCUCUCGUGCGGCAUGAAGCUGGUCAAGCAAGCUCCGUGUCUCAACGACCCAGUGAUCGCCCCUCGCCCCUACCAGCCGUCGCCGACGCAGCCACCGUGGUGGAACGCCACUCGUAACCCUUGGACCAAGAAAUCCUCCCCCACGACGCCCAAACCGGGCCUCAAGAACACCUCCAAGGGACACGCAGCGUCCUCCACCAACCUUUCCACCCGCCACUUCAUCCUGGGAACGGCCCUGGCACUGGCUGUGUGCCUACACCAGUGGUGGGGGGUGUAGUAGGUGUACCAGUUGUGUAAGGAUACUGUGUGAGUGUACCACUGGUGGCCACAUCCGUUCCAAAGACGCUUCACAAAAGGUUGUGGGUUUGGGGUUCUCACGCGUUGUAGCUUUAUUAUAAAGUGUACGUAUAUAUAAAUAUAUAUAUUUACACUUAAAAUGCACCAAAUAUUAACCUAUGUGUAUUUAUUAGGUAUUAUAUUUUGUAUAUAUGUUCAAGGCAUAUGGGGAAGGACUCACCUGUACCUCGGCCACAUUUCAGGGGCCAGCAAUGCUAUAUGUCUAUAACGGCCACCUGGUGCUAUAGCCACCUCCCGGCGCCUAUAUAGUUGUCACCUGGUCCCCAUAGCUACCGCCUGGGCCUAUAUUCAUCUGGCGCCUAUAGCUAUCACCUGUUGUCUAAGUUCUUAACUUGGAAUGCUGUGGCCCAGGUAUACGUAAAGGUCCUUCCAUGUGUUCAUGUUGUU